UUACAUAUUCACAGUGACUGUCAAACAAUACCAUCGAUAGCUCAUAAAAAGCCACAACUGUUGUCCACGACUAAUAAACACACAUCAUUAGCAACCGGUCAGUGGCAUAGCGAGCACAUUUGAUUUUCUUUAUCAGCGCGUUAAACGCAAAAUAUCUGCCAUCACGUCUCAGGGAGAGAGUAUGGAUAUUGAUUCCACUCCUGUGCCACCACCACAGGAGUACUCAGAUAACCCAUCAGGCUAUCAAUCGGAAUCAUCAAUGAAUUUUGAUUAUUUACAUGGUCUACAUGAAAGCGGCGCGGCCGCUGCUGCCACUUCGUCGGCUACCUCAUUGGGAUCAACGGACUCGCCGCGUCAUUUUGGUGGUAUUGGCGGUGGAAUAGAUGUGCAGUCCUCGUCAACACAGAGUUAUGGACAUGUGGAUGAUAGUAAAGCAUUGGACAGGCCCAUUGAUCUUAAUGAAAGAUUUCUUUCAGUGCUAGACCAAUUAGAUGCGCGUGUUGAGAAAUUCCGUAAAGAUGCUCUGGGUUUGCAGGAGAAAAAGGAUUUUCUGCUCAUGUCCGUUGAUCUCAUCAAGAGUCACGAUAUGCUGCACACCAUGAUGGAAGGUGAACGUGAGGAGAUCUUCUGCUACAUACAUCGUGUCACUUCGCGCCUCUCCACCGUCGAUCUAACCGUACACACAGUACGCGAUCGUUCCCAGCAGGAUGCGUUAAGUCAAAUCAACGAACUCAUCGAUAUGAUGAUCACAAUGGGUGAUCCAGUUAUGUCACGUCAACGUUGCCAACAAUACCUGAACGCCUGCUGCAGUGCAGCCGAAGCGUCAUCAUCAUAUGAAUAUGGCGUCGAUAUGGAUGCCGGACCCGUUGAUAAGAAAUUCGAAAGCGUAUUGUUGGGUUGUACGCUCGACGACCAGAAGAAUAUUAAAAAGCGCUUGCAGGCUUUAAUGGGUUACUUAAAUAAGCAGACAAUACGAAAUUAAAAUGAAUUUCAUGUCAAAGCUAUGAAUUGAUGUAUCAAAGAGUUGAAAACCAUAGACAUGAUAAAAAGAGAAUUUAGUUAAAAUAUAUUUAAAAGAAAAUAAUAUGUAAGCCAGAGUAUGAAUCAUAUUAUGUAUGAAUAUAAAUAGCAAGAGUAUCUCUAAAAAUAGCAAGAAAAGAAAAGAAAAGGAACACAAAUUGCUGCCUCAAAGCGUGUUAACCGACCGCUGCAGUGAAAUCUGCCGGAGAGAACAAAACAAUGCCAUCUUAGCCUGUGCAUUUGCAGUUCUAAGUCAAAUAUAUCCAAGUCACAAACAUGAUUCAAGUCUAGAUUUCUACUUUACUCUAAAUAAUUUUUAUAUUUUUUGGCUAGAUAAUAUUUAAAAUCUUGUAAACGCUGAAUAUUGUCAUUUACAGCAUAAAAAGUGGAUUGGCUUCCUACCAAAAAAAAAAAAAAAAAAACCACCAAAUCAAAAAAAAAAUCAUCAUUUAAUUAAAAAAGAAGUUUUAUGUCCGUUUCUAGUUGAAUUAUACUACAUACAUACACACACAAAAAGCAUAUUGCAUACAUACACCCAUAUGUAAUAAAUACAUAUUUAUACAUUUGUCAAACAAAUCGAAAGAAAGACCAAACAAUUAAAAAAAAACUGUUGUGUAAUGUAAAAAAAA